CUUUGGUAUCAAAUUGGGAAUAACGUGAUAUCGUCAACCAUCCUUUGCAAUUGCAAGAAUCUUUAGUUUUUUUAUUUCUUCCCAUCAGUGUCUCUUUCAGUUGAGUGCCUUACUUUUAACGCAGGUACAAAGAAGGAAGAAGCACGCGUGGGGGUGUGGGUGAAUAUAUGGCGAAAAGAGUACCAGUAGGAGAGUUGUUGGUGUUGGUGUUAUUAUUGUUGGCACCAAAGACAAAGGCAAUGAGCAUAACAAGAGGUCAUAAUAAAAGCAGGGGCAAAGAGUCCUCUGGUUCUAGUGAUGAGGGGGGUGCAAUUAGCUUUUGUUUGAGUUGGAGAUUGGCAGUGGAGGCAAACAAUGUGGUUGCAUGGCCAACAGUUCCACCUCAGUGUUCCCGAUAUGUUGAGACUUACAUGAUCAAUGGCCAGUACGACCGGGACUUGGACUUGAUUGUGGAGGUAAUCUUGGCUUAUGUCAACCAAACUUUUCUCCUUGGGGAUGCCAUGGAUGCUUGGAUUUUGGAUGUUGAUGACACUUGCAUCUCCAAUAUCUAUUAUUACAAAGGCAAGAAAUAUGGGUGUGAUCCGUAUGACCCAUUUUCCUUUAGGACGUGGGCCAUGAAAGGAGGGUGCCCUGCAAUUCCUUCCGUACUAAGGUUGUUUAACAUAUUAGUAGAUAAAGGAUUCAAAGUAUUUUUACUCACCGGAAGAGAUGAAGAGACCCUUGGUCAAGUUACCCGGAACAACUUGCACAAUCAAGGAUUUAUUGGCUAUGAACGCCUUAUUUUGAGGAGUUCAGCAUAUAAAGGGAAAAGUGCAAUGAAAUACAAAUCCGAUGUACGAAAGCAGUUAGAGGACCAAGGUUACAGGAUAUGGGGGAAUGUGGGAGACCAGUGGAGUGAUAUCCAGGGAGAUUAUUUGGGGAACCGUACUUUCAAGCUACCUAAUCCCAUGUACUUUGUUCCCUAAUCCUAUGAUUUACAUGUAUUAUGAACUUGUGGCUAAUUAAAAUAGCCGACAUGCAAAUGUAUUUGGCAUCAAUAAUUUACUUUUGGGUGCUGCUACCAAGUUUAUACAA